UAAUAAAAAUUGGAAGGCCGCAGAGCGAAGGAAAACCGACGCUGGUUCUUGUGCUGCCUCCGCGCGAGUCGAGUACGCGAUGGGAUCGAACAUAGAGUGUUCUCCUUCGCCGGUCCUCCUCAAUAUAGAAGCUUGGGGUCAAACUCCAUUCUGAAUUGAAUUCAGCUUUGGGAAGAGAGGAAAUGUUGGCUUCAUGACAUGUGGGGGGAAGAAAUAUGCGACUACAGUUGAUACUCUUACUCAACGUGAGCCUUAUUCAAUGCUUGCAGCAAUGUUUAGCGGAAGACAUAAUGUUUGCCGAGAUUCCGAAACGGGAAUGGUGUUUGUUGAUAGGGAUGGUAAACAGUUCCGGCACAUACUGAAUUGGCUAAGAGAUGGGAUCCUUCCUACACUUACGAACGUGGAGUAUCAAGAACUACUUCGAGAAGCAGAAUACUAUCAAUUGCUGGAAUUGAUAAAAUAUAUAAAGUCAAACAUGUGCAAGAAGAAGGGUGAAGAUAUUUUGGAGGCCGAACUUACACGAAAAGAGAUAAUCAAAAUCAUCCAGUCUUCUAAAAUUAGGUUUAGGGGAGUGAAUCUUUCCGGAUUAAACCUUUCUAAACUUGAUUUGACAUUUGUAGACCUAAGUUUUGCAUGCAUUCGGAAGACCACUUUCUCACGUGCAAAUCUGCAUAAAGCUAAACUUGGGGAUGUGGAAGGAGAAGGUUCAAUAUUUCAAGAUGCAAUUUUGCGCGAAUGUGAGUUUAUCGGGGCAAACCUUACCGGGGCGGUGUUAGAUGGAGCUAACCUCCAGAGUGCAAAUCUACAAGAUGCAUGCUUGGUUGGAUGUAGCUUCUCUGAAUCAGAUCUCCGAUCAGCACAUUUGCAGAAUGCCAACCUCUCCGAUGCCAACUUAAAAGGAGCUAAUCUGGAAGGUGCCAAUCUGAAGGGGGCAAAGCUUAGCGGUGCCAAUUUGCAGUCUGCAAAUCUUCAGCGGGCUUACUUGCGGGAUGUAGAUUUGCGUGACACUCAUAUGGAUGGGGCUAAGCUAGGUGGUGCCAACCUUCUUGGAACUAUACGAUGACUAAUGGAAUGGUAAUUUGAGCAUAUUAUAGAAAUUAUGAACCACUUUUCCUUCCUUACAAUUGCACUUUUGGCACUUUGUGAUUCAUUUUUUGUUUGAGUGGAUUCUCUUAACACAUGCACUUGGCCUUAUUCUGUGUACUGCCAAUCCUCUUCAUACAUGCAAUGUUAAUUGGAAAAUUAUACAAGGCACACGAGAAGGUUGUCUUUGCUAUUUUGUUAUAAAUAUGGGCUAAAUUUGAAGUGGAAGCUUGCUUGCA